ACGGAAACCGCGUGCCCCCACUUUCCUCGUAUUCACGUUUCCUCUUCGCAACCUUCUCUCUUCCCCACUGGCACCCUCUCCCUUCUCCCAAAGGAACCCCCAACCUACCCCUAGUUUUCACUCUCAGCUCUCCGCGUCUCCACCUCACUCUAAAACCCCAACCCUUCCAUCGUAAAACCCUAGUCUUUCCUUCGAAAAAAUCCUCCAACGACCCUAAUUUUCCCUCGCUGAAACCCUUUGAUGGCGGAGAUGUCGAAGCCCCGGGAGCCGGAGACCAAGGGGAAGGAAGGGGACAUCGAAUCCGGAGCCGGCACUGAUGGUGGAUCCUUGUACCCCAAGAUGAUGGAGGAGUCUCGGCUCCGGUGGGCAUUCAUCCGGAAGGUGUACUCGAUUCUCACCGCCCAGUUCUUAUUCACCGCCGGCGUAGCCGCCGCGAUCGCCUUUAUCCGGCCGAUACCAGAGUUCGUGCUCUCCAACACCCCGGCCUCGUGGGUAGCCUAUUUCGGGAUUCUCCUCUCGCCGCUCAUCGUGCUGUGGCCGAUGUUGCACUACCGAGAGCGCCAUCCGGUGAACCUGUUUUGGCUCGCGCUGUUCACGCUCUGUGUCAGCGUGUCAAUUGGGGUGGUGUCUGCAACCUUCGGUGGUAGAGCUCUCCUGCAAGCUGUAAUUCUGACAGCCACAAUUCUUGUUGCUCUCACCAUCUACACAUUUUGGGCCAUCCGCAGAGGUCAUGAUUUCGCCUUUCUUUAUCCUUUCCUAUUUUCCUGCCUUCUGGUUCUACUGAUGUUUCUCAUCAUCCAGCUUUUUUUUCCACUGACAAAGAUCACAAUGGCAAUCUACGGGUGUGUGGCAUCGAUUGUCUUCUCGGCCUUCAUUGUUUACGACACUAACAACCUAAUCAAGUGCUAUAGUUAUGAUCAGUACAUUUGUGCUGCCAUCUCCUUGUAUCUUGAUGUCAUUAAUCUCUUCACCUCCUUGCUUACUUUCUCUGCUGCUGUGGAGUGAUCAGCCUCUCUAUGGGCCCUCUUGGUCGCUAUCUAUUGUCAAGGCCCAUUAUCUAGCUCUUCAAAACUUUAGACUCUAGCACUACUUUUUGACUGAUAUAUUGUAAAUUACUCAUCAAGGAGAAAUUCUGAUAGUUGAAUUGCUUCUCAGCUUUUGAAAUGCAAGUGGUUUUAAAGUAGCGUUUACUUGGCCC